ACCCCACCUCCACUUUCUUCGCAUCACUAUCAUCUUCUGCUUCACACUGAUAUUCUGGUUUUCACACUACUGGGCUUAAAGUCAAAUGUGGAAAACUUGAGGCUUUCUUGUCAGUUGAAGAAAAAAAAGAAAAAGAACCAAAAAGUGAGAAAUUAUGUCUGAUGGUAAGUCACCGUUUUUAAACGAUGAAUUAUCAAAACAUACCUCAAUUUUCGGUUUACGUUUGUGGGUUGUUGUUGGAAUCUGUGUUGGUGCUGUAAUUGUCAUUUUUCUCUUUCUCAUAUCUCUGUGGAUCACCUCAAGGCGCAAUAGCAACAAGAAAACGUUGCUAUUGACCCAUAAAAAUUCCAAUAUCCCAAAAGUUUCCAGAGAAAUCCAAGAAAUUCGCGUGGAACCUACCCGGAACCCGGAAACCGACCCCAAGCUGCUAGUUCCUACUCUGGAACCCUUGCCGCUUCCUGAACCCGACACAGUUGAGGACCAGAGAAUCCAUGUUGAGAUUCGCAAGGGGCAUCGGAUUGCCUACCCGGAAAAGGUAGGGCCGCGCUCUGGAUCGGGCCAUGGGAGUGGGGAGGCUCGGCCCCUUGUGGAGGCUGGGGGAGGAAUGGCUGCUCCGGAGGUGUCGCAUUUGGGAUGGGGUCAUUGGUACACUCUGAGGGAGCUUGAAGAGGCCACCGAUGGGUUUGCUGAUGACAAUGUGGUUGGUGAAGGUGGGUAUGGAAUUGUUUACCAUGGUCUCAUGGAGGAUAACACUCGAGUUGCUGUCAAGAAUUUGCUCAAUAACAGGGGUCAAGCAGAGAGAGAGUUUAAGGUUGAAGUUGAAGCAAUUGGACGUGUUAGGCAUAAGAAUUUGGUGAGAUUGCUCGGCUAUUGUGCUGAAGGAGAACAUAGGAUGCUUGUGUAUGAGUAUGUAGACAAUGGUAACUUAGAACAGUGGCUUCAUGGAGAUGUAGGGUCGUAUAGUCCUCUCACGUGGGAUAUACGAAUGAAAAUCAUACUUGGAACUGCGAAGGGACUGACCUAUUUGCACGAAGGGCUUGAACCUAAGGUCGUUCACCGUGAUAUUAAAUCAAGCAACAUUUUAUUGGACAAACAAUGGAACUCUAAAGUAUCUGACUUUGGCCUGGCAAAGCUCUUGGGAUCGGAGAGGAGUUAUAUUACCACUCGUGUUAUGGGUACAUUUGGUUAUGUGGCGCCAGAGUAUGCUAGCACUGGCAUGUUGAAUGAGAGAAGUGACGUUUAUAGCUUUGGGAUUCUUAUAAUGGAAACCAUUACUGGGAGGAACCCAGUGGAUUACAGCCGUCCCCCAGGGGAGGUGAAUCUAGUCGAUUGGCUUAAAAUAAUGGUUUCGAACCGGAAUGCAGAGGGAGUUUUGGACCCCAAGUUAGCUGAGAAGCCUUCUUCAAGGGCAUUGAAGCGUGCUCUGUUAAUAGCUUUACGCUGUGUAGACCCAAACUCCCAGAAGAGACCAAAGAUGGGGCAUGUGAUACAUAUGCUUGAGAGUGACGAUUUCCCUUUCCGUGAUGACCGCAGAGCUGGAAGAGAACAUGGUCGAUCACAUCGUGACAGCCUCAAGGAGAGGGUAGAGAAACACAUCAUGGAACCAGGUGACAGUAGUGGCUACGAUAGCAGCGUCCAAACCGAUAAGUCUUUGUUGAAGAAGCAAGAAACCGACGAAGAAAAGUAGCCUCACAAUCCCUCUUGAAGUUCAAAAGACACACCUCAUCCUUUCUAAAUAUUUUUUUAUUGCUUGGCUAUGUUAAUAUCUUCAUUCACCUUUGGAUUUAAUUUAUAAUAGUGAUGAUCAUUGAAGUUUUUGUAGCGGAUUGAGGUCACUAGCUAUUCAUAUAAGUUGUUAUUGUUUCUUGUCCCUUGUUUCUUAUAAUUCCUGUUUAUAUGAAAAUUUAAUGGGAUGUUUCAUUUUCAA